CUGCCAUCCUGGGUCUUCUGGCCCCUGCUCUCAUCCCUCGCAGCUCCCUUGAACUCUCAAGACAAGAGAGACGAUAACAUCGACCUUGCCGCCAGAGAUCCUCUUCUGGGCGUCGGCGCCUCAGCUGGCAUCUCGGCUACGAUCGAUCUGUUGCACCCCGGGCACUCUACCUCCUCCAAGAAGUUGUCGUCUUCGACCUCCAAGACUUCGAUCAAACCGAUCGCUACUUUCUCCAUCCCAAGAGGGUCUUCAGUCAAGAAGUCUUCCAGUAGCACCAAGGUGCCCACCAGCAGCUCGAAGAAGUCUUCUAGCAGCACCAAAGUGUCCAGUGGCGGCCAGAUCAAGGCUUCCAUUGUCGUCAACCCUGUUUCUACCAAGCAGCUUACCCUCUCGAGCAUUCUGAAGUUGACCAGUCUGCCCAAGACUGCAUCUUCAUCCCACGUCAGCAUCAAGAAAUCGACUGUCACUGUCAGCCCCGUCGCCUCGAGCAAGAAGACCUCUUCAGCAUCGCUCAAGUCAUCCUCUUCCAGCAAGAAGUCUGCAUCUUCGUCUCCCAGCAAGGCACCUGUUGCACCUUCCAGCAGCAAGAAGUCCAGCUCGUCCUCGUCCAAGAAGUCCAGCUCGUCCUCUUCAAAGAAGUCAAGCUCUACAAGCAGCGCUAAGACCUCUGUCAAGUCCAGCAGCUCUUUCAAGCUUCCUAUCCCGCUCCCUACUCCAAAGAGCUCAAGCAAGCCUGCUAUCAGCAGCUCCAAGGCCUCGGUGAAGUCCAGCAGUUCUGUGAAGAGCUCUUCCAAGUCCGCAAGCAGUUCGGCCAAGUCUUCCAGCUCUGUCAAGUCUUCUAGCAAGUCUUCCAGCUCGGCCAAGUCUUCAAGCAAGUCUUCCAGCUCUGUCAAGUCUUCAAGCAAGUCUUCCAGCUCUGUCAAGACUUCCAGCUCGGCUAAGUCCGCCAGCAACUCUGUCUCGCGUGGUGCCAGCCGCGCCUCCUCUGCUACUAGCGACGUCAAGCAGGGUUCUACCUCAAUCAAGACUAGCCACACUGCUUCUUUGAGCUUGAUCCUGCCCAGCAUCAUCAAGGGUAGCAGCUCUGACAAGGGUGUCGUCAUCUCGAUCAAGCCAACUCCUACUCUCAGCUCGAGCCAUGCCAGUUCAUCCUCUGUCCACAAGCCUUCCGGAAUCAGCGUCAGCGUUUCUGUAGGAAUCUCCGGCAAGCCAGCCACAGCAACUGGUGGACUUGCUGCCUCUAAGCCUAUCGAGUCGGCUGUCUCGUCCAUCUUCAGUCGCGCAUCGGGUGUAGUAUCCUCCGUCGUGUCCAGGGUCUCUUCUGGCGUGGUUGGCGAAGCCUCCACCAUCAGAUCAGGUGUCUCGCAGGUCACCUCGGUCAUUGGUCAUGAUGCAUCUACAAUCAGAUCCCAGGUCUCGUCCUUCGCCUCUCAAGCCACCUCGGUAGCCGUUGGUGAUGCUUCCACCAUCAAAUCCCAGGUCACCUCCAUUGCUUCCCAGGCCAUUUCUGCAGGCGCUGGUGAUGCCUCUACCAUCAGAUCUCAGGGCUCUUCCCUCGUUUCGCAAGCCACUUCCGCAGUAGGUGGCGACGCUUCGACUGUCAAGCUACUUCCUGCAGCUGCUGGUGAUAUCUCCACUGCCAGAUCUCAAGUCUCGUCUUUCGCGUCCCAGGCAACUUCUGCCAUUGUCAGUGAUGCUUCUAGCAUCCGCUCUCAGGCAUCUUCCGCAAUUUCCGGUGCUCAAUCUGCUGUUAGCUCUCAGGCAUCAUCGGUCAUUUCGAAGGCAAGCUCCGUCAUUUCCAGUGCCCAGUCGGUUAUCACCUCAAAGGCAUCUUCUGCUGUCUCUCAGGCGAGCUCUGUCGUAUCCAGCGCCCAGUCUGUUGUCAGCUCUCAGAUUUCCUCUGACGUCUCGAAGGCUAGCUCUGCAAUCUCUAGCGCCAACUCAGUCGUCAGCUCUCAAGUUUCAUCUGUGGUUUCGAGCGUUAGCUCGCAGGUAUCGUCUGCAGCCUCCCAGGGUGUAUCCGUCUCGGCCAGUGCGAGCGCCUCAAUUGGAGCAUCCCAGGCUCCUGUCUCUUCUUCGACCUCCUCGUCCUCGGCCGCUCAAAGCUCUGCAGCAGUUCCCGCCUCAUCUCCCGUUGCUUCAAGCAGCACUGUUUCGCCCGCUCAGGACCCUAGCGGAGGCCUUCCUAUCGCCAGUAUCGUCAGUGAGAUCGUUGCCGGACCUACUGAUCUUCCCACUGCCUCCCUCGGCUUCCCUCUUACGAGCGUUGUCAGCGAGGUUGUUUCUCAAGUCACCGACCUUCCCGCUACCGAUCUUCCUCUUCCUGCAGCAAGCAGCAUCGUGAGCGACGUUGUCUCUCAGGUCACCGAUCUCUCCGGACCUAGCGAUAUUCCCGCUGCAGCAACCAGUAUCAUCGGAGACAUCACAUCUGAUGUUAUCCUUCCUACUGCUGCUACCAGCUUCAUCAGUGAAAUCGUCUCCCAGGUUACCGAUCUUCCCUCAGCGGCCAACAGCAUUGCCAGUGAGAUUAUCUCGACUGACCUCCCUCUGAUCACCGAUAUCCCCAGCGUAGUAUCUAGCAUCGCCGCCACCGUGGUGUCCGAUCUUCCUGCCGCAGCUUCUAGCAUUGUUAGCGAUGUCACCGACCUUCCUGCAGCCGCAAGCAGCAUCAUUGGCGAGGUUCUUCCCACCGAUGUUUCUGAGCCUACUGGACUAGUCAGCAGCAUUAUCAGCGAGGUUCUUCCCACAGACAUCUCUCAGGCUACUGGGCUGGUCAGCAGCAUCAUCAAUGAAGUUACUACCGAUCUUCCUCAGGCCACUGAUCUCCCUGCCGCAGCUUCCAGCAUUGUUAGCGACGUUACCGACCUUCCUGCAGCCGCAAGCAGCAUUAUUAGCGAGGUUCUGCCCACAGACGUUUCUCAGCCUACAGGACUGAUUAGCAGCAUCAUCAGCGAGACUCUUCCCACUGACAUUUCUCAGCCUACUGGACUGGUUAGCAGCAUUAUCAGCGAGGUUCUCCCUACCGAUAUUUCUCAGCCUACUGGAUUGGUCAGCAGCAUCAUCAAUGAAGUUACUACCGAUCUUCCUCAGGCCACUGAUCUCCCUGCUGCAGCUUCUAGCAUCGUGAGCGACGUCACAGACCUUCCUGCAGCUGCAAGCAGCAUCAUUAGUGAGGUUCUUCCCACAGAUGUUUCUCAGCCUACCGGACUGAUCAGCAGCAUCGUCAACGGAGUUACUACCGAUCUUCCUCAGAUCACCGAUGCUCCUGCCGCAGCAAGCAGUAUCAUUGAUGGAUCCCUCCCCACAAUUGUCUCUGAUGCCGGAGCCGCUGCUACCUCAAUUUUGGACAACGGUAGCGAUUUGCCUUCUUCUAUCGUGUCUUCGCUUGCUCCUCUGGUCACUGAUGUCGUGUCCAUUGUCUCGGAUUCUGGGGCGGCUGCCACUUCGGUCAUUGGCAACUCUGGUGAUAUUAUCUCCACUAUCGUAUCUGCCGCCUCCCCAGUCAUCACUGACGCAAGCACCGAGGCUGGUGAGGCUGCCGGAAAUGCUGGAGCUGCUGUGUCGAACAUUGUUGGUGCCGUUGAGACUCUUGUUAGCACCAUCGUAUCGUCUGAUAUUCCCGCCGCCACCGCAGUCGUCCAGCCCAUCGUUUCAGGAGUAUCUCAGGGUGCCAGUGCAGCAGCCUCUAUCGCUACUAAUGUGGCCGAUUCUGCAGCCACCGCCGUCAGCCAGAUCGCUUCCGCAGCCACUUCUGUAAUUCCCUCGGUGGUGUCUGACGCUGCAACUCUUGUGGCCACCGCUGGAUCGGCUGCUUCGACCAUUCUUGUUGAUACCGGAUCGGCCGCCACUCAGGUUGUCGGUGGAGCCGCUUCGGGUGUUAACACAGCAGCCGGUUCCGUGGCAACUGGAGUGGGCAACACAGUCGAUGGUAUCACAGGAAGCGUCGGCACUGGUGUUAACAACCUUGGCUCUGGCCUGGGUAAUGCACUUGGUGCCAAAUCGGCAACCAGCGCUACCCCUACCACCCUGGUCACCAGAACAUCGGCUUCUUCUACUCCAGUCAAGGCCACCUCAACUGGCUCUUCUGGUUCCGGUGGUAUUCUUGGUUUCUAG